AGUUUAAUAGUGUGAGGUCAGCAAAGAAUACAGUUGUGCAUCUUUAAAUACAGUCAAAUUGAAUUAAGUCACUCCUGAUAGGAAUAACAACGGCAUUCAACAAUAUUUGUUAGCAAAAGCAAUCUGUAACGGUAUGUUCCGUCUUUGGCUUAAGAGCUCUACUUAUGUAUAUAUCACAUGUUUAUCUAUAUCAGUGAUAAGAACUUAAAUCAGUGAUAAAAAUAUCACUUAAUUUCUAAGUAUGUAUGUUAAUCACUCAGUUUGCGUUAUAUCGAUAAUUGGGUUAAUUUUGUUGAAGCCUUUACUGUGCAUGUUGAUAAAGCAGUUUAUCUGCAUAGUCGUGUGUGAGUGGACUGUCAAACGUCCAAAUUGAUAAAUGUCAAACACUUCCAAUUAAACUUUUAUCAUAAUUGUUUAUACAUUCUUUUAUAAAAAAAUUUCCCACGUUGUAUUAUUUAUCAAGACUUUGUUGUGUGCAGGCUUUUUAAAUCACAUAAUUCAAAUACAUCUCUGCCAAAGUGUAGUGUAGUGUGAUUUUGCUGUGCUGGUUUAGUUUUGUUUGAAUUUGGAAUGCGUUUACUUGAAGAAAUUUCAUUACGGCAAUUUGUUUCAUUCCACUGUCCACUCAGUGUUCAUUUGCGAGCGUGGACUAUGGAUAUGAAUGUAUGAUUGAAUGACGUACGGUUCGCGUUUUUUUUCUAGUGCGUUGAAAUGUCUUGCGGCUGUUCUUAAUGUAAAUGAAAUUAUGAAAAAAAGCAAAUGCCAAGUGUUAAAAUUCCAGUGAAAAUAGUUAUAAAUAUGGUGUUGGCAUAAGAUCAAUACACAGUAAUAUGCGAAAAUAUUUGUUUUUCAUUGUAUGACCCAACUAUGGGCUAGUGAUCAUUCAUAGAUAUGAUUAAUUGGGCUGGACGGAACGAAAUAUGGAACUCGGAAGAGUCGAAAAUCUUUUCACUGCAAAGUGUACCAAUUCAGUGUUGGUUGUGCAAGCAUUAACGGAAUUUAAUUGAACCACCCAUUGUACUGUCUUCUUCACUUAACAUGGUUCUUUCUAUUCAAGUUACAUAAAACCAUUUCAGAGCAGAAUUAUUAAUAAUUUCUGCUUUUCCGUGUGUGAGUGGCAUUGAUGUAUGCGUAUUUAUGUCGUUAACAGAUAAGCAACUAAUCGAAAUUACUUUCGUGAUGGAUGAAGUGAAGAGUAAUGUUUUUCUAUUCGCUAUCAUGAGACUAUAUUGAUCAGCUGCUUAAUAUUUUCGGGGAACAAUUUCCUUGAAAUUGUAAAAAUUUGAAAGUACCGCACUUUUCAACACCCAUUGUUAACAAAAGCAAAUCGCCAGUCUUCUCAUAAGUCAAAGAGAGCCAAAGCAAGAUAUUCAUUACGUCAUGAUAAGCAAAUAAACUAUGCCAUAUGACUCGUCGAUGUACGGAGACAAGAAAAAGCUGCCAACUUACACUCUUAUAUGCGUGAAGGGUAUUCCCAACAUGGUGCACAAAUUGUAUUAAACAUAUUAGCAGAUAUAUAAAAAUUAGUGAAAAUGCAGUGAACGAUUAACAAUUUUUUAAAACGCGGUGUUCAAUGUAAUAAACUUACGGGUAGCAGUUUUUAGGAAGCGCAAAUGUGCCUAUAUGCAACACCAAUACGUUUUUGUUUACAAAUUCGUUAUACGCAAUUAUAAUUAUAUAAUGACACAAGCAGAAUAAAUUUCGAUUUGGAAAUAUAUUCAAUUGCUUACAGAACUGCAACAACUACACACGUCCAGCCCAACAAAGUCUGUGCAUCUUAUAUCUACAUUUGUAUGUAUUAAGGUACACCGGAUUAACUAAAUCUAUAUAUAAAUUGUGCCAAAAGUGAAAAAAAAAAAAUUGAAUUUGUCUUAACAAAACAUGAGAAUUCGUACAAAAUUAUAUUGUUUUAAAACUAAUAUGAAAAAUAUCUAAGAAACUAUAUAAUUGUUGUAAAAUAUGUCUAAUGAAUAUACACAUGUGCCACAAAGCAAUAUAAUUGCACCAACCGAUUUUAAAUAUGGUGACGCGGAUAUUUGUUCAAAACGUCGAAAGCGUAAUGAUGAUUGUGAGGCGGGUAAAAAAAAUAAAUUUACCGAAAAUUCAAAAUUACCGCUUGCGAAUAUUUCAACAAUUGAUACGAGCUCCGAUUUUAAAGGAGGUCUACUUAAUUUAACGUCAUCAACGCCAACAAAGUCAUCCUCUCCCAUUGAUUCUAAAUUUGACGAUACAAUGGAAAAAUCGUUUCUUAUAACCACAAAACCAUCACAAACAAGCAAAGGAUUUGAGAAUACGUUUAAAUUGUUACAAACUCAAGUUGAGAAUAAUGCUAAAAAAGCCAUAAGCGUUAUGGAGUCUUUCAAAAUGGAUACAUCAUUGCUAAGUAGUGGGGCCUGUUCAUUAGCUUCAAUUUGCGAAUCUGAAGAACCAGCCACACAUUUAGAACUAGAGCUGGAAGCAAUGGAACGUGUACGUAGCUUGGCUACGAAUAAGGCAAAUCAAAAUAUUUCACCGCGAUUUGUAGCACUGUUAUGUGAUUUUGUUUCGAAAGGACAAUGCAAAGAAGAAAUGAAUAGUAAACAAUUUAUUCACGACAAUUAUGCCAAAAAUAUUGAGCCUGAAUUAAUGUAUCAUGCAGCACGUAAUUGUGACGGGAAGAAUUGUUUAAAAGUUGUGAGGACGUUAUAUUCCGAACAAGUUCUAUGCGGAAAUCGUGUAAGCCAAAUGACGCGUGCAUAUGAUGACAUAGAAGCAGUAACGCGGUUGCUGGAAGAGAAAGAGAAGGACUUGGAAUUGACAGUACAAAUCGGAAAGGAGCUUUUAACGCAAAAUAAUACUUUGGAAAAUAGAAUCAAUGAAUUAGAGGCAGAUUUAAAAGCAUCCAAUGAGGAUCGUGCACAAUUAGUGCAUGAACUACACAAGAAAAAUGAACUUAUUGCAGUUUUAACGAGUGACUCGGAUGAAGGAAGCGAAAAUGAUACGCCAACAUUUUCUAAAUCUAUUACGCUGGAUCUAUUGCAAAAGAAAAUUGCUAACUUGCAGGAUGAGAAUAAGUCGUUGAAACUUGAAGCCUUUCAACUUGCCUCGCAAACUGAUGAUGUUGAAGCGCAAGAGCGUCAACUCAUGGCAGAUAUAACUUCACAAUUGAACGAAGCCAACGGCCGAUACGACAGUAUGAAUCUGGAUUUGGAGCGACAACGGGAGGAAAACCGUUUGCAACAUGAACAAAUAAUCAGUUUAACCGCCAGAUUGUCAGAGGCCGAAAUGAGGUUACAUCAGUUAACACAUGACAAUGACGAACAUAUUACACUAUUAAAUAUUACCAAGGAGAAUCAAAAUUCAUUAGCAGUGGAGUUACUUGAAUUCAAACAACGAUAUCAGGAAGUGCUGGCACUGUUGCAGGAAGCGCAGGAACAGUUGCGUAAUCAACGUAAGAAAACAAUGCCACAAGCGCGCAGCUCCUUUAUGUCCAGCUCGGGUUUACUGCAACCAGAGUCCUUACAAUGCGAAUUAAUGGAGUCAUCUAUGUAUUCUGAGAAUAGUCUCGAUUCUGGUAUUUCGGGUGAUACACAACGUGCCGAUCGUAUGGGUCGUUUAAUGUCACAAUUGCCUGGUAUUUAUGGUGGUGGGACUGGUGCUGCCGGAUCUGCAUAUGGACCAGGUGUCGGUGUUGUACCACCAUAUAAACGUGUCUUUGAGACAGUGCGUUGUGCUAGCAAAAAUGGCAAUUAUAUGGAUAGCGGUAAUUCGUCAAUGACGCAAUUGGGCGCCAUGGCGAUGAGUAGUUCCGUGGGACCACGGAUGUCGUCUAUGCCGUAUCGUGGUGCCGCCUUCGACGACAACUGUAUGGGUUUGAAAACCUUGUCGUGUGAAAGUCUGGCAUCACAAUCGGAUGACGGCUAUCCAGCGGCACCAAGUGGUGUUCCUGGUGCGCCUGGUGCUAAAGAUUUAGAAGCUGCUCUGAAACGGCUCACACCGGCUGAAGUGUUAGCGCGACGUGCAAUGCUCUCGUACGCACCAGUUGGUACAUAUACGUAUGAUGAGCAGCCCACCACCACAAAUACACUUCCACAGGGGUUGCGUACGCCAGAUAGUAUUAUGUCGACAGGUUCGUCGGGUAUAUCAUCGACAAAUAUGUCGGCAUCAAUGCAACAAUGGCGACUGCCUGAAAAAUUACAAAUUGUGAAACCCAUUGAAGGCUCACAAACAUUGCAUCAUUGGUCCAGAUUGGCAACGCCAACGCUAAGUGGUCUACUUGAGGAACGACCUGGUGUAACUAUACGUGGUGGACGUGGCCUCGAUGAUUUGGGCAUGCAAGUGUAUACGUUAUCCGAUGUGGAGGAAGAUGUGAGUGACGAUUUACCUGGAAAACAAUUCGAACUUUCUGGCUGUACUUACACUUAUACAACGAGCAUGGUUAUGCAUCCCGAUGACGGUUUAAAUGAUUUGUCAUUCUUGUCACAAUCGCAAUUGUCAUCACGCAUGGCUUCUGCAUCUACAUCGCGUCAACCCAGCUGUCCGCCCACUCCACGUGGUGGUCUCUCACGUAAAAACUCGUGUUCGACAUUUUCCGUUAAUCUGGGUUUGGCUUCAAUGCUGAACGAGCGUGGCAUUAAGGCUGUGACGCCAAGUGCACUGAAUACACCGGCCGGACCGAACUUCUCGCCGACUGUGACACCUUGCAAUAGUCCCGAGGGUUCUCCACCGCGCUCCUCAUCACCCGAACCCUUAUUCGGCAUACUAUCGACCGGUGCGGAUCUAAUUCGACGCAAACUGAUUGGUGAUAUCGAAAGACCAAAUCGUAAUCAAGCUCAAAAACAGCAGAAAAUAAUGUUAUCACGCUUGGAACGACGAGCGUUGCGUUCGUUGAAGUUGGUUGAGAAAGUCGAGAGUAUUGGCUUAGAGAAUAUUAUUGUUGCACAACCAAAUUCUAUGUCGCCGUUAGCUAGCGGUAUAGCGAGUCGUAGCUCCAGUCCAAUGGCACAAUUGAUUAGCCUUAAGAAUUUGCACACAUGCGCUAACAACGUAGUCGACGAUAUACAUUUCGAUCGAGAUCAAAUAAAAACCGUAUUAAAUAAGGGACUGAAUACACCAACUGCAGGCGGUAGUAGCAGCUUGAGCGGGAGAAGCGAUGAUACCGAGUCGGUGGCCAGUGUUAUAAGCACAGCAGAACGAACUGUAAGAAAUGAGCAACAACUACAGCAACAGCAACAGUUACAACAAAAUGUAACGACAGCCGCAACGGCGCCUAUCUCUGCCACAAGCACAACAGAGUCACGCAUAAAACAAUUACAGCGACAGAAAUCGCGACGUAAUCUCAAGAAUGGCAUUGCUGGUCAGCGACCAGAUUUGGGUACUAUAAAUGGUGCUGCUGGUGGCCAAGGCGCGGGCGGUGCUGCUGCUGGUCGUGUACGUCCCGAUUUAGGCAAAGUGUCUACAGGACCCUCAACAACUGCGGCGGCGGCGGCGGCAAAGGCCGACCGGGCAAAUAGAGCAGAGUUGUUGGCACAAUCAAAGAAAAGUGCACACAAUAAAGCACGUGAACAACAAAGUAUAACACAAACAGUAGUCGGCACUGUGAGUUCAUUACUAUUUGGACGUAAAGGCGGUUGGCUGUAGAGCAACAAUAUUUAUUUUACUAAAUAUGAUUAUAUUAAGUAUGAUGAGAAUAUAAUGAUAAAUAUAUAUAUAUAUAUACAUAUACAUAUGUAUAUAAUUAAAAUAAUACCAAUAUAUACUGUACUAAAUAAUUUACAUAGUUUGAUAGUGUCUAAAACGAAAAUCUGUAAUGAUAAACGGAUAACGAACAAAUAAGUGGACGCAAAGUGUAAAACGGGAAAAAGCUAACCACCCACGACAUACUACGUACUACACAUACUAGGUAAACAAACAAUUUACAUAUACAUACAAACGUGCUUAAGCGCAAUCUUAUUUUCUAUUAACAAUUUUGUAUGUGCCGACAUUGUUGUACAUAUGUAGAAAGCCGGACAGCUAAAAUGUUAAUGAUAGUAAUGAUAAUGAACGCUUGCAAAAUGUGUGCUUUGUUUUUAGAAUUGAUUGCAACGAUAUAGUGAAGAGGGGUAAUGCUGCAUAUGAAUGCGUAGGUCAAUAAUAAUUUAUUUAUUAUUAUUUUUUUUUUUUUUGAGCACAUUAUGGCAUAUACUCGUAAGUAAAGCAUUUAGAAAUGCUCAUAAAUAUUAGUAAAAAUGAUUACUUUUAACUGCUUCAUACAACCUUCACAAACCGUAGCUAUUUAUCACUGUUUAGGUAUAAAUGUAUAUGCAAGUGAGGGGAGUUGCAUACAUUUAUUAUGGUUGGCAGUUGUAACCAACCUGUGCUAUUUAAUUAUAUGUAAUAUUUCAACUCAUACAUAAUUUUUUUUAGUAUUAAUUCAUUUUAAGUUAGAUGAAUCUAAAAGUUUUAUUUAAUUUUAUCAUGCAUAUAAUUUAUAGAGAAAUAUGUUUCGUUUUA